AUGGUAGCUCAAAAUCAUCAGAGGGGUAGGCAGCAGCAGGUUGCAAGGCCGGGUAAUGUGUCCGAUUUUUGGAAGCUCAACCCACAACACUUUGCUGGGACUAAAGGUGGAUAUGAGGCGGAGAUGUGGUUGCAGACCAUGGACCACUUAUUGAGGCAAAGACCUGGUGGGACGCAGAGGAGGAGAAGCUUCCUAAGCCAAUUUCAUGGGAGACCUUCUGAGAGUUUCCUAGAGACAUUUUCCCCAAAGACAGCUCAUCUUGAGAUGCAGAGGCAGUUUGUAACGCUGAGACAGAGAGUUAGCACCGUAGAUGAGUAUGCAGCUGAAUUUUCCAAGCUUAGCAGGUUUGCUCCGGGGAUGAUGUCGAAUGAGGUGGAUAAGGGACAAAGGUUCAUGCAGGGCCUAAAUUUUGAGAUCCAGACUCAGAUUUACAGUCAGAAGGGGGUUGAGACUUAUGCAGAUGUCCUAGAGGCAGCUCGAAAAGCAGAACAAGUGAUUGUGAUCAUGAACUCGGUGAAGAGAAGGGCAAACAAGCGCCCUGUAGGACAGAACCCAGGAGGAUGGACAAUAGUUGAGGCCACCACUUCCCACGCAGCAGCAGAUGUUUGGAGGACAUCUAAGGGGUCAACAAUUUCAAGGCCAGAGACAGAGGAGACGUCCUCAUUUCCAAUAGUCAUAUCAGCCACAGUAUCAGCAGAGACACCCAGGGCAAUAUGGUCAGCAAGCUCAGUAGCAGCAGAGAUAAGGUUCGAUGUUAUUUUGGGGAUGGAUUGGCUAUACAACUUCCAUGCGAUGAUCGACUGCCGACACAGAAGCGUAGUGUUCAAGAUACCAGGCCACCCAGAGUUUGAAUUCAUGAGAGGAAGCAAAGUGAUGGAGCAACUCGAGUAUCAAGCAGUCAUGGAUGGACCGGGUCUGCCACCAGAUCGAGAUAUAGAGUUUGUCAUCGAUAUUAUUCCAGGAGUUGCACCUAUUUCAAAACCACCUUACCGGAUGCCGAUAGUAGUUUUAAAGGAGUUACGGAAGCAAGUCCAGGAGUAUCUUGAUAAGAAAUUUAUCAGGCUUAGUACUUUACUUUGGGGAGCACCAGUGGUGUUAGUGCCAAAGCCGGAUGGUAGCCAAAAGAUGUGUAUUGACUACAGGGAGUUGAAUCGGGUUAACAUAAAAAAUAAAUACCUAAUACUCAGAAUUGAUGACUUUUUUGAUCAGCUCGCAGAAGCUAGGGUGUUUUCUAACCUGGACCUAAGGUCAGGCUAUCAUAAGUUGAAGGUGAGGAAGGAAGACAUAUCCAAGACUGCAUUCUGGACAUGGUAUGGGCACUAUGAGUUUUUGAUUGUGGUAGUGUUCAUUGAUGACAUUCUUGUAUACUCUAAAACCAAGGAAGAUCAUGCAGAGCAUCUACGUAUGGUGCUGGAAAUCCUACGAAAGGAGAAGCUCUAUGGGAAAUUAAACAAGUGUGAGUUUUGGCUGGAGCAAGUAUCCUUUCUGGGGCACGUAAUUUCAGGAGCAGGUAUCUCUGUGGACCCGAAGAAGGUUGAUGCGGUGUUGAGGUUGGACCCUCCUACAUCUGUGACAGAAGUGUAA